UUUCAUUGAACAAGCUAGGAUUUUGCCAAGAAGUUUCUUGGCAACGCGGCAUCGAAGCAGUGGCACGAAGAUGUUUCUUGGCCUUCUUUUUAUGAUCCAACGUGGAAUCAAAGCUGUGGUCCAGCCGGUAGUUCUGCAACUCUCGCAAUUUUUUCUACUAGUCUUUUGCAUACGUACAUCGGAUUUUGCAAGAAGUUUCUUGGCAACGCGGCAUCGGAGCAGUGGCACGAGGAUGUUUCUUGGCCUUCUUUUUAUGAUCCAACGCAGAAUCAGAGCUGUGGUACGGUAGUUCUGCAACUCUCGCAAUUUUUUCUACUAGUCUUGCAUACAUGCAUAGAGUAUAACUUCUUCCAUGGCGGCCUUCCACGGAGCCUCUUCCUCUUCCCUUUCGUCUUCUAUUUAUCAGUGCGCUUAUGAUGUAUUUUUGAGUUUUAGAGGUCAGGAUACUCGCAGAGCUUUUACUGCCCAUCUAUAUGCAGCUUUGCGUCGAAAUGAUAUCAACACCUUCAUGGAUGACAAGCUUAGAAGCGAAGAGGAAAUUUCACCAGGACUUCUCAAAGCCAUUGAAGAGUCAGCAAUUUCGAUCAUUGUACUCUCUAAAAACUACGCAUCAUCCCCAUGGUGCUUGGACGAGCUGAUGAAGAUCCUCGAGUGUAGAAAAACAAGGGGGCAACAAGUUCUACCCUUGUUCUAUCAUGUACAACCGUCGGAAGUACGGAAUCAAUCUAAUAGUGUUGGAAAAGCAUUUGCUAAACUUGAAGAAAGGUUUAAGCAUGAUCAAAUGAAGUUGCAAAGGUGGAAGACAGCCCUAUUACAAGUGGCCAAUUUGUCGGGGAGGCUUUUGGGGAACAAGAAUGAAGCUGAAUUUAUUCGCGAAAUCAUUCAAUGGGUCAAUUCAAUAUUGGUAAAGCAUAGAUAUUUUCAAGUUGCUCAGAAUCCAGAGUCUCUUCAACAAUAUGUGAAACCACUUUUAGAUAUAGAGAAGAAUAUUGAUCGUACAUGUGUGGUAGGUAUCUUUGAAAUCAGUGGAAUUGAUACAACAACUAUCGCCAAAACCUUCUACAACUUGAUUGCAUCUCUAACUGAAGAAAACAAAAGAAGUGAAAGAAGAAGUCGAGCAGUACUUUGUGCAUUAGAUAGUAAAAAACUUGUCAAAGCAGUUGACCAUUGCUUUUUAUUCAUCAAAAAAAUAGGAAAACAUGUCAAAGACUUGAUAGGCUUGGGUGUGUUCAGACAAGAAAAUAUGGAAGGCAUAUAUGCACCAUUUUUUGAUUGGGAAUGCAUUCGAGCAGCUACAGAUAACUUCUCAAAUGCAAAAAAGAUUGGACAAGGAGGGUUUGGAUGUGUUUUCAAGGGUAUAUUUCCAGGAGGCGAAGAGAUUGCGGUAAAGAGGCUUUCGAAAGUCUCACAACAAGGCAUAAAACAAUUUGAAAAAGAGUUGGUGGUGAUGACAAAACUUCAACACAUGAAUAUUGUUGGGUUUCGGGGAUAUUGCAUAAAAGGAAAAGAAAGGAUUACAGUCUAUGAGUACAUGCCGAACAGAAGCUUAGACUCAUUUAUAUUUGAUCAAAAGCAACGCAUGCGUUUGGACUGGAAAAUGCGCGUCAACAUCAUUUUGGGAAUAGUUCGUGGGCUUCUUUAUCUUCACCGUGACUCCAAAUGGAGGAUCGUUCAUAGAGAUCUGAAACCCGGCAACAUUCUUUUAGACGAGCAAAUGAACCCCAAAAUAUGCGACUUUGGCUUAGCAAGGAUUGUUGGAAGCAAAGAAAAUAGGGUAGUUAAAACUUUUGACUAUAUGUUUUCGGAAACCGAUGAAAUAAUUACCACAAUAGCUGGAACUAUUGGCUAUAUGUCUCCGGAGUCCCUAGCUCAUGGAAUUUUCUCAAUCAAAUCCGAUGUUUAUAGCUUUGGUGUACUUCUACUUGAGAUUAUAAGUGGAAGAAGGAGCGUAGAAUUUACUAUGUCAGAACCACAUGAGAACAUUAUAGAAUAUGCGUGGAUACUGUGGGGAGAAAACAAGGUGUUUGAUUUAAUGGAUCCAACUCUACAUGAAGUUUGCAACGCAGAUCAGUUUGUGAAGUGUGUACAUAUUGGACUCUUAUGCGUACAAGAUGACCCAAAUGACCGUCCCACCACAUCAAAUGUUGUUACCAUGCUUGAAAGUGAAACUGGAACACUUCCAACUCCAAAACAGCCCGCAUAUGUUUCAGGCCUUUAUAGCAAAGUUAGUUCUUUUAGGAUAAAAGUUACAUAUACGGAAUUAACUAAUAGUUUUGAGUUUGAAGGAAGAUAAUGGUUGAUACCAAUGCAAAGAUUCCAGUACUGCA